AUGGAGAGCCACAACUACAGACAAUGUUGCCGCAGUUGUCUUCUUUUCAUCUUACUAUUCAACCUUCUAAAAAAUGGCUGUCAUAUUACGGAAGCCUUGUCGACGGCGAGGCCGCUGAACAACUCGGUCACGGCGGUGUUGGUGUUCGGAGACUCGACGGUGGACGCCGGGAAUAAUAACUUCGUGAAGACGGCUUUCAAGGGAAAUUUCCUCCCUUACGGCCAGGAUUUCGUCGGCGGGGAGCCCACCGGCCGGUUCAGCAACGGCCGCCUGACCACCGACUUCAUAGCUUCGUACGUGGGAGUGAAGGAAAACGUGCCGCCGUAUCUGGACCCGAGCCUCACCGUCGACGACCUCAAGACCGGCGUCAGUUUCGCGUCGGCCGGCACUGGUUACGAUCCCAUGACCCCUCAAAUAAGUAACGUGAUACCAAUAGAGCAGCAGCUGGAUUACUUGAGAGAGUAUAAGAAAAAGCUGGAAGCUGUGAUGGGGAAGCGGAGGACGGAAGAACACAUAAGGAAAUCACUGGUGGUGGUGAGUGCGGGAACCAAUGACUUCGUCAUCAGUUACUUUACUCUGCCGUUUCGUAAAAAAACCUUUACCGUCUACGAGUACGAGAAGUUCAUCCUGCAAAAGUCCAUGGACUUCGUCCAGGGUUUAAUAGAGGAAGGAGCAAGAAGAGUGCUACUAAGUGCGCUAGCUCCAAUGGGAUGUUUGCCGGUGAUGAUAACCCUUUACUCCAAGCAUCCUCUCUUUGAUCGCCGGUGCCUUGACCAAUACACCCAGGUGGCCGUCGAUUUCAACCUCAUGCUUCAGAACGAGUUGGACCGCAUCAAACCUCACCUCGCGAGUCGAGGAGUCAAGAUCUAUGUAUCCGACGUCUACCAUGCCGUCAACGACAUGAUCCAACGCCCACAAACCAAUGGUUUCGAAGAGGUGAAUUCCGGGUGCUGUGGGACUGGGUUCUUGGAAGCCGGAUUCUUGUGCAACCCGCAUUCGCUCGUCUGCCCCGACGCUUCCAAAUACAUAUUUUGGGAUUCCAUUCAUCCCACAGAGAAGACAUACCACAACGUUUUUAAAGCAGCUCGUCCCGCCAUUGAUCUUCUUAUCAAGGACUAA